CUCAUCCUCGUCUUUCUUCUCUCUCUCUCUCUUCAUCUCUUUCUCUUUCUCUCUCUCCUUCCAUUAAUCUCUUCAUCCUCGUUCCCCUAAUAUCCCUCUUCCUCCCGCCUCCCUUCACCCCCCCCUCUCUCUCCCGCAUCUCACUCCACUCCCCUCGCAUUUCGUUACCACUUCAUCCUCGCAACUCCCAUCUCCCCCCCGGCCGCUCGCGCCAUGCCAGACACGAGCGACUCGGCCUUCACCCCCACCACCCUCCCCGACCCAACAGACUACACCUGCCCCUUCAGCGACCACAUCUUCGCCACCAAACAUGGCGUCGACCUCCGUCUCCGUCUCUGGCCCUCCCCAGUAAACUCGCCCAGCCCAUGGCUCCUCUGGUCGCACGGCGGCGCUUUCCUCUUUGGCAUGCACGAAGAGGUCACCCCGUGGGUCGUACCCCUUCUCCUGCGCCGCGGGAUCCACGUCGUUUCCUUCUCGUAUCGCUUCGCGCCCCAGGCGUCGCUUGAGGACAUCAUCGACGACGCCAACGAUGCCUACGCAUGGUGUCGCGCUCAUCUCCCCACGUUCCUCGGUACCACAGUGGCGCUAGACAGUUACGCGGUUGCAGGUGACAGCGCAGGUGGGACUAUCGCUGGUCUUCUCGCGCAGACCCUCACGCCACCUCCUCGUGCAUUCCUCGCCAACCACGCGCUCCUCGACCUCGCCGACCCCUUUUUCCGGACGCGCGGGGACAAUGUCGAGCUCAGCGGCGAGUUUGACGAGGCCGAAGUUAUUGCUGCCGCGCAGGACAACGACCCCGCCCAUGCCAUCAUCACGUGUCCAUCGCCUGGUCGCAUCGGCUUUGGGCAAGGCGCUCUGCGUCGCGCAUUCCACUCCCUCACUCUGGUAGUGGGGCGCCGGCAGCACCUUCAGGGGGAUGUGUUUACCCUGCUCAACCGUGGAAAUUGGAUUGACGCCGUGCUUCGGGGAGGAAGCAAUGAGGAGAAGCAUGUGUAUGCCGAGCGGCACUCGCCGCUGAGACUUCUGGGAGGGCGAGGCUCUGACGGCGUCAACGGUGUCGCGACCAACGGCGUCAACGGGCACGGAGAAGGAAACGGCACGCGCAGUCGAUACCCUCAUCCACCGACGUAUUUCCUGCACGGCGAGGCGGAUGCCAUUGUGCCUGUCGAACAGAGCCGCGACAUGGCCAAGCGGCUGCGAGAGCUCGGCGUGCCCGUCGGCGAGUACUACGAGCCUGGAGCUGGGCACGUGUUUGACCAGCGCUUCUCGAACCGCCGCGUCAAGGGCUAUGACGAGUGCUGUAGUGCAGCAGUCGACUUCCUUGAGGUGUAUCUUCGGCAGUAGUAGGCGCCAUUCCACAGUCUAGCUGAGGUCCCGCCAGACCGACAUAGCCUCGGAGACGAGACGACAUCCUGACGAGCGUCAUUGAUGCAUUGUACUUCCUGUGUCAUGUACUUUCUGUGUCACAGGUCA